UUGGCGGUCAUGUAACAUUCUCCACCUCGUGCAACGAACAUCAUGUUAGCCAGAGUAAGCCUUAUUCGCUCUUCUAUCGCUUUAGUGCAAGAAUCCCUGCUAGUCCGACAAGUUUACGUGCCACGGAUUGUGUUGACACACGCAUUUGCCUCAAAGAAAGAGCUUCAAGUGAAAAUAAAGCGCCCUCCUACAGCGUAUCAGUUGUUUGCUUCUGCAAAUCGGGAGCAACUUGCUAAGUUAAAUCCCGACAGACCCAAACAAGAAAUCACUAAAGCUUUACAUGACCGAUGGAGGGAGAUGUCUGAAGAAGAAAAAAACCCUUACAAAGAAGAACAUGAUAAACAAAUGAACUUGUACAAAGCUCCUCUGGAAAAGUUGCCGAAGAAACCGCCUGGAGUAUUCGGUUUGUUUGUGAAAGAGAACUACUCCAGAAUUACAUCUGGUUUGUCUCCGGGGUCCACAGCUCCUGACGUUAUGAGAGAAUUAUCUAGUGAGUGGAAUAGCAUGUCUGACGAUGAUAAGGAACAACUGAAAGAGAAAUACGACAGCUUGGUUGAUGAAUACAACAAGCAAAUUUUGACCUUCGAUCAAAAUUUAACCGACGAGGAAAGAGCCUUUCUGUUACAAAAACGUGGUGAAGAAAUGCGAACUCUUGCCAAGAAAAAGCGCAAACUUUUAAAUGUGGGUAAACCCAGAUUACCUCCUGGUCCAUUUGUUCGUUUUAUGCUGAACUCCCUGGGGGAGGUGGAAAGUGAAUCACCUGUUGAACGGCUGAAAAUUCUGGGACAGAGAUGGCAACAGUUGUCUGAUGAGGAGAAAGAGGUGUACAUCGAGGAAUACCGCCUUGCUCGUGAACAGUAUGUUCAAGAUUUAGCUGAAUGGAAGGCGAAGCACCCAGAUGCUGAAUGAACAUAGAUCCAAAGUGACAAAAUGACAAUCAUUACUUUUACGUGCUGGCUUAAAAGUCAAAUGUGUGAAUGUUCAUGCAAUGUUUGAAUAUGUCUACACUGUUGACAGUAUAUUAAGUUUUCGAAAGAAGUGGCAAAGUCGAGUAUUGUCUAAUACUGAAAGGUGGUUUGUCUUUGGUUUCUUCACAGAUGUCAGCUGUGUCUAAAAUCAAAUUUAAAAUUUCAGUAUCUACCAAAUGGGAAUUUAAAAAAAUUCGGAUUAUAAUGUUGGACAUUAAAAUGUACAAAUCA